CAAGGAAGAAUUACGGUGAUGACCCUUUGGGUCGUCACACGAGCACUUCGUUUAUCUGUAGAUAAUUUCAUCAUGCUGGAGUUAAAAUGAUUCCUCUGCUCCGUCAUUGUGAUUAAUUUUGUCUUUUAUUCGAAUUCUUUUUGCAUCCAGAUGGUGCCUUUCCACAGGAAAUGAUUGAUCUGUCAUCCUUUUUGCUCCCUUUUGUAACAAACUUUCCUAUUUCAUUGCUGUAUUUCUCUGAUGAACGAUCUGAGACUUGAACCUUACAAAAUUUAGAGCUUUAUGGCUCUGUCACUUCCAAGUAGGGCAAAAUGCUGCAAGAGUUCUUAUUUCUAAACUAUUUUUAUUAUAAUCUUUUGCGACUCUUGAAGUGAUCUUGAGUUGUCAAUAUCCUUCCUACCUUUUCCUAAUUUCUCUUUAAUAUGCUUAGUGUUGUAAGGCAGUCUCUUUUCUCCAUCAUAUGCUUGAUUCCUUUCUCUUCCCGAUUCUUCUUCCCAACAGAAAAGAAGCUUUUGCAGUCCAAAUUCCUAAAAGCUUCUGCUAAUGGCAAGUCAGUUGAUCCUAGCAGGAGUAUGCCGGCAAAAAUAGAUGUAUCAACUUCUACAGAGGAUCUCUGUGAAGAUACUAUCGCAAGUAGUACCAUAAAUGAUCCUAAUUUGGUUGGUGGUGCUGAUGGCCCCGCCUUCUCUUCUCUGCCUGAUUUUGGGCAGCUUAGUCUUGAAAGUUUGUCACUGGCCAUUCCUCCAGAUCAGAUUAGGAUGAUCCAAAACAUUAAUACAUUUAUUUCUGAGUUAGCCUUGGAGAAAGACGAAUUGACAAAAGCCCUGUCAGUCGAAUCUUCUCAGAGCUCGAAAUUGAAGGAGUUGAACAAGGACUUAACUCGAAAGCUUGAAGCUCAAACUCAAAGACUGGAGCUUUUAACAGCUCAAAGCAUGGCAAAUGAUAACAGCCAAGCAAGGCAACCAGAUGCAGUAUCUGUACAUGACAAUAUGGCGUAUGCUGAUGAAGGAGAUGAGGUGGUGGAGCGGGUCUUGGGAUGGAUCAUGAAGCUAUUUCCUGGAGGGCCAUCAAGACGACGAACCAGCAAGCUUCUUUAAUCUUCACGGCAAGAGUAUAAUGACGAGUGGUUUUUUGUGAAAAGCUAGUCUUUUGCUCCUCUCCAGCCCUGUAUUUUUGGUAGCCAGACGGAGUUCGGAUUUUGUACAUUAUCCAUGGUUUACACACGCCCCAUUUUUUUCCACCAGAGAAGCAAUUAGGGGCAUAUUGGAAGAUGGGAUAGCCAGUUCUCGACAAUUUUGGCAAUAAACAUGAUUUCGUUGUAUACAAGGAUUCGUUUAUCAAACAUUGUAAUGAAGAUCAGAGACAGAAAGAUGUGGGGACGUCUACAGUCUACUUGAUGUAUUUCCAGAAGAUGUCUUUAGUUGUCAAUCAUGAGAAGAAAAGGCUCAGAUGUACUUUUUUCUUUUCUGGAAAUGAUUCUUUUUAUAUAAAUAUAUUGUCUUCCUUAUGUUGUAUUUGCUGAAAACUGGGGCUUUAAGAAGCCGCAAUAUAUCUAAAGAUGAUGUUGGCUGCCCUUUUUUACUUGCUCAGGAACCAGAACUCCAUUAGUUUUUCCAUUUAAUUGAUUAUAAUAUUUUGUGGGUUCUUUGUUCUAGACAGGCAAUGUAUAGCUCAGUUGAAUCGUGAUUUGUAUC